AUCAAUAGCAAAUAUCCUUAAACUGAGCCGCGAGGUUUGCUUGGUCUCUCUCGAACUCUAUUUAAGGGGUCCCCGCCUUCACGUACUCAUCUUCUUGCCCUAAUCUGCUGUUGAAGUUCUCUGCCAUCGUAACUUUGUAAGACGAGAUGAAGGUGGUUGCUGCUUAUAUGCUGGCUGUUUUGGGAGGGAACGCCAGUCCCUCUGCGGAUGAUUUGAAGAAAAUUCUUGGAUCAGUUGGAGCUGAGGCUGAUGACGAUAGGAUUGAGUUGAUGUUGUCCCAAGUUAAAGGUAAGUGUAUCACCGAGCUAGUUGCAUGCGGAAGAGAGAAGAUGGCAUCUGUUCCUUCUAGUGGCGAUGCAGUUGAUGUUGCCACAAUUGCAACAGGUGACGUUGCUCCUUCUGUUGAGCACAAGGAAGAGAAGGUUGAAGAGGAUGAAGAGUCCGAUAAUGAAAUUUUCACCCUCUUUGACGAUGAAGUAUGAAGAGUUUGUAGGAAACUCAGUUAAGAGUUGUAAAAGGAGGAUAUGCCAUUGAGGUUCUAGUUGUAAUUGCGCAUUUGGUUUUGUUAUUGCCAUUGAGGUUCUAGUUUGUAUCCAUAUAAUGGAUAAUUUUGAGGCAUAAACAGUCCUACUAAAUCA